UGAAUAUUCUCGUCGCGCAACUGGUUUAGGGACUUCUUAUACUUAUGAGGUGCGAAAAGAAUCGCAUCGUGAUAAGGUCAUUGAUUCUUCCCAAUAUACUCUUGAUAACUUCUUCAAAAAUUAUUAUGUUGCAAUUAUGAAAAGCAAUAUAACUAAAUGGGCCGUUCGCCUAAGAAGAAAAGAUGGUAUCGCUGAAGUUGAUAGGAUCAUGCGAGAUGUUGAUUGGAAUGACAAAUCUAACAAUUCUGCUCGCAGAUCUAAUGACUCAAGCUGGCUUAAUUUCCCUGUCAUUUUAGAGGGUCCUUAUAUUUCUGGUAAAGCUGAAGAUGGUUCUGAUAUUCCUCUUCCCGAAAAGUUAUCUUCUUACCAACCUUGGGAAUUUGUAUUUUCGGAAGUUGAGACAAAGAAAGUGGCUGCUAAGAGAGUCAAGACUUCACACCAUGCAUCAGCUUCGCAGAAUAAUAAAGUGAAAUCUUUGGGUGAUAAGACUUCAAUUAAAGGAAAGAAUAUUCCCAAAAGUCCUACAUCUAAAUAUUCAUCAAAAAGGACAUUUUCAAUGGAUGAACUCUCUAGGAAGCGUAAAAGAUAUGAUUCUUCUUCAAGUUCGGAGUCUAGUGAGGAUGAUAUCUCUGCUUCUGAUGAUUCAUCAGUUCCUUCUUCUUUGAAAGAGUUGUCCAAUCUUUUUGCUGGAGAUCUUUUGACUGCUGUUGAUAAUGAAGAAUUAAAUCGUGCCUUUAGAAUGGUCUCUAAAAUAUGCGAUGCUCCUACUUUAGAUGAUCCACCUCUUCGUGGAGCUGCCUCUGCGAUAAAUCCAAACCUCCAAUUCACAAUCGACUCUUUGGGAGCCCGUUUAUCUUAUGUAAUCUCCACGGACUACCAAAGAAAACUUAUUAAGCUUGAGAAAGAAAAUGCUAAGCUUAAAGCUGAAAAUUCGACCAAUUCUGAUUUGAUUCGCAGAGCCCGAGAAAGAAAUGAUGAACUCAUUGACCUGUAUAACCUUUCGGAUGAGGCUGCCAAUCUUCCUGAUGGUGAAACCCUUUUAGAACACCUUAAUUCUUCUUUAAAUAACCAUCCCAACCAAAUAUUUGAAAAUUUGAGUUUGGAGGAAUUAAGGAUGAAAUAUGCUGCUCUUAGAAAAAGCCAUAGAUCUUUAUUGACUACAUUUAAUAACUUUAAACAUCGUCUUCAUGAGAGCCAAGAACAAAUUCAAGUUUUGGAAACAAAGAAGAAUAAGCUUAUUGAUGAGAAAGAUGAGAUUGCUCUUAAGGGUGCGAAAGCACAAGAAAAAUUCCAAGAAUCCAUUGUUGAGGUUCAAAAAGAACGUGAUUUAGCUGUGAGCGAAAAUAACAUACUUGUCGAAGAAAGAAAUUUAAUUCACUCUCAGCUUCUCAUAGAAAGCGAAGCUGAAUUUAGUUGGGCUGCUAGGGUUCUGAAUGAUGCUAGAGAGGAUAAGGAGAAGAAUUAUCUUCAGAAGAUUGAAGAAUUAGAAACUCGCUUAGCUUCUAAGGAAGAGAAUAAUAAUCUUCAGAAGAUUAAAGAAUUAGAAACUCGUUUAGCUUCUGAAGAAAAAGAUUUAUCUUCUCGCGACUCUAAGUAUCAGCAAUUGAAGAAGAACUUCAUCAUCAUGGUUUCGAACAAUAGAAAUGAUGCUAAUCGUGCUCGCGAAGCUGCUGUUAAGAAAGUAUGCGUUGAGAAUAGCAUCCCUCUUACAAAGUAUAAAUUUCCAGAAAUUCCUGAAAAUGAACAUAUUUAUGAUAUUUCAGACAGUGAGGGAGAAGAUGAAGAAUCUGAAGAAGAAAUAAGUGGUUCUGAGGCUGAGCGAGAUGAAGAUUAA